UAAAUAAACGCUUUCGGCAAGUAGCGUUACCCUUUGGUGUUUUCGCAAGUCACAGCGGCAUUUCAUUAGAAAGCUAGAUUUAUACUUUUCGAAGUCUAAAAAUCUAGUUGUUAUCUAGUUCAGUCUCCGUAAUUAAUGACAGUUAAUAUUUAACAAUGUUUAGAAACCAAUAUGACAAUGAUGUUACAGUAUGGAGCCCCCAGGGAAGGAUCCACCAGCUGGAAUAUGCCAUGGAGGCUGUCAAACAAGGCUCAGCUUGUGUGGGGUUAAAGUCCAAGACUCAUGCUGUCUUAGUAGCACUUAAGCGUGCUCCCUCAGAACUAUCAGCCCAUCAGAAAAAAAUUUUGCCCAUUGAUGAUCACAUAGCAGUCUCCAUUGCUGGUCUAACAGCUGAUGCUAGGUUGCUGUGUAAUUACAUGAGGAAUGAAUGCUUGAACUCGCGCUGGGCUUACAAUACACCUCUAGCUAUAUCCCGUCUAGUUGCUGCUGUUGGGAGUAAAUCUCAGAUCCCAACUCAGAGGUAUGGCCGCAGACCUUUUGGUGUGGGCUUGUUGGUAGCUGGCUAUGAUGCCCAAGGACCACACAUCUACCAGACUUGCCCCUCUGCCAACUUCUAUGACUGUAAGGCCAUGGCUAUAGGAGCAAGGUCCCAGUCAGCCAGGACAUACCUUGAAAAACACUUGGAUGUUUUCCCUGACUGUGUUCUUGAGGAGUUGGUCAAGCACGGAUUGAGGGCAUUGAGGGACACAUUACCACAGGAAGUCGACCUCACACCUAAGAACUGUUCCAUUGGUAUUGUAUCUAAGGACACCAAAUUUGCCAUCUUGGAUGAUGAUGAUGUUGCACCAUAUCUGAACAUGAUUGAGGGUGAAGAAAGAACUGUCAGACCACAGGCAGAGGAAGCUGAGCAACCAAUGGAUGCUGAUGAUCAAGCAGGAGCUGCACCUAUUGACCCUUUGCCCGUUGACCCCCAGGCUGUAGAUGACACUAUGGACCAGUAAAUAGGAGAGGUUGUUGGCAUAUCAAAUACUGCCUGUGGUGUGUCGUUUUUUUUUGACAUUUGUAUUAAACAAUUCAUCCUCA